AUGAAAAAAAGGGAAAAUUCACAAGCAUCAGCAUAUAGACUAAUUUUAGGAGGGUUUUUAAUACAUUGUACAUUGGGUAGUAUAUAUUGUUUUUCUAAUAUAAGUGCUUAUGUAAUAUCUUAUAUGAAAAUUAUAGGAUGCUCCAAUGUUAAAUAUAAGGAUAGUAGUUGGAUAUAUGUACUUACAUUAAUAUUUCAAUGUUUCUUUGGAUUUUUUGGGGGAAUACUAAAUCAAAAUUUAGGCCCACAGAUUAGUGUCUUGUUGGGCGGAUGGCUAAUGUGUUUGGGAAUAUUAUUAUCAUAUUUUACUGUAUUUAAUUUUUAUUUAUUUUCAUUAACUUAUGGAAUACUUUGUGGAAUCGGGUGUGGGAUUGCAUAUCCAAUCCCAUUGUCUGUUGCAGUAAAGAAGCACUACGAUUACAAGGGAGUGAUAAGCGGAAUAAUUUUCAUAGGAAGGGGUUUGGCUGUUUUUCUUAUUUGCCCUCUACAAAACUACUACAUUAAUAAAUAUAAUUACAUGCCUGACUAUACCCCUGAACUAGAAAAUUCAGAUGAUAAAUAUUUUAGCAACCUAGAUAUAUUAAAUAAAGUACCAUAUUUAUUUAUAUAUGAAGGUAUAUUUUUUGCUUUAAUUCAAUUCAUUGGGGCAUAUUUAAUUUCUGAUACAAACGAUACAACCAAAGAAUUUAUGACAUUUAAUGAUAAAACAAGUAAAAUUUUAUAUUUUGAUGAAAAGGGUUUUACUAAUAAACAUAAUGUAAUAUCAAAUUCCUUCGAAACUUUAUCAAGUGCAUCAAAUUUUUCUUUUAGAGAAUCUAGUAGUACAUUUAUUAAUCGAGAAUUUAUAUUAAUUUGGUUAAUGAUUUUUUUCAAUUGGCAAGCUAUUUCAUAUACUCAAGUAUUUUGGAAAAUAUUUGGAUUAAAUUAUUUAUAUAUUGAUGAUAGAUAUUUAUCCCUACUAGGAGCUGUUUCAUCACUUUUUAAUAUUCUCGGAAGAAUCUUUUGGGGUUUUAUAUGUGAUUUAACAACUUUUAAAUUUGCUUUAAUAUUAAUGAGUAUAUUAAUGAGUUUUUUAACUGUUACUUUGACAUUGUCAGGAUUUUAUGGAAAACUAACAUAUUCCAUUUGGGUCUGCCUUAUUUUUUUUUGCCAUGCAGGAACAUUUUCAAUUUUCCCAUCCAUUACUGCACACAUAUUUGGAACGAAAAAAUUUGGUCCAGUUUUUGGACUUCUUUUUACUGCUAGAGCUUUUUCUAGUGUUAUUAAUGCAAUGAUUUCAGCAGCGAUAUUAAACAAUAUUGGAAAUGUUGCAAUGUGUGCAAUAGUUUCUAUUUCUUCCUUUAUCAGCAUUAUGCUAGCCGUAGUUUUUUAA